AUGUUUCUAUCGUUGUCAACAUACACCGGAAUUCCCUUUCCCCGCAACGAUUGGGACGCGCUUUUCGGCAACUAUGAAGCAGUCACAGAUAUGGGUUCCCUUUUCGCCCUCCAGCUUAUCAAAGCAUAUCCGCAUGCCAAAGUCAUUCUUGUCGAGCGUGAUGUUGAUACUUGGUUCGAGAGCGUGAACGAGGCUUGUUUCGACAGACUCUGGGGUUGGCGCGCAGAUCUCAUUAUCGACUACCUCGGCCCAAUGUAG